UGUCACAGCCCUGGAGAUGAAAAGGUUAACGAAGCCGCUGUCGUUUGCCGACUGUGUUGGGGAUGAACUUCCGUGGGGAUGGGAAGCAGGGUUUGACCCGCAGAUUGGUGUCUACUACAUCGAUCACGUCAACAAAACCACCCAGAUCGAAGACCCUCGGAAGCAGUGGAGGGGGGAGCAGGAGAAGAUGCUCAAGGACUAUCUGUCGGUGGCCCAGGACGCUCUCAGGACCCAGAAGGAGCUGUACCACGUGAAGGAGCAGAGGCUGGCUUUGGCCCUCGAUGAAUACGUACGAUUAAAUGAUGCCUAUAAGGAAAAGUCAAGUUCUCACACAAGCUUAUUCUCAGGAUCUUCAUCAAGCACUAAGUACGAUCCCGAUAUUUUAAAAGCAGAGAUCUCCACUACGCGAUUAAGGGUUAAAAAGCUGAAGAGAGAACUCUCACAGAUGAAGCAAGAAUUGCUCUAUAAAGAACAAGGCUUUGAGACAUUGCAACAAAUUGAUAAGAAAAUGUCUGGGGGCCAGAGUGGCUAUGAACUUAGUGAAGCCAAAGCCAUUCUAACGGAACUGAAAUCUAUCAGAAAGGCUAUUAGCUCAGGAGAAAAAGAAAAGCAGGAUCUGAUGCAGAGCCUUGCUAAGCUACAGGAGCGGUUCCAUUUGGAUCAGAGCAUGGGCACGUCUGAGCCAGACUUGAGGUCCAGUCCGGUGAGCUCCCAUCUGUCUCUCUCCAGACAGACCCUGGACGCCGGGUCACAAACCAGCAUUUCUGGAGAUAUCGGAAUGAGAAGUAGAUCAAAUUUAGCUGAAAAGGUCAGGCUGAGCCUACAGUAUGAAGAAGCCAAAAGAAGUAUGGCCAACUUGAAAAUUGAACUGUCGAAACUGGACAGCGAGACCUGGCCCGGGGCACUGGAUAUCGAGAAGGAGAAGCUGAUGCUGAUCAACGAGAAAGAAGAGCUUUUGAAAGAGCUGCAGUUUGUCACCCCGCAGAAACGCAGCCGCGAUGAACUGGAGCGCCUGGAGGCCGAGCGGCAGCGGCUGGAGGCGGAGCUGCUGUCCGUGAGGGCCCCGCCGAGCCGGGCGCUGGCCGAGAGAUUGCAGUUGGAAGAGCGAAGGAAAGAACUGCUACAGAAACUUGAGGAAACUACUAAAUUAACUACUUAUUUGCACUCACAACUUAAAAGCCUCUCCGCCAGCACCCUGUCCAUGUCGUCUGGGAGCAGCCUGGGCUCGCUGGCCUCCAGCCGGGGAUCCCUGAACACGUCCAGCAGAGGGUCACUCAGCUCCCUCAGUUCCGGAGAGCUCUAUUACACCAGUCAGGGCGACCAGAUGGACGCGGAUUAUCAGUGUAAACUGGACCUCCUCCUGCAGGAGAAGGGCGGCUACAUCCCUUCCGGACCUAUCACCACCAUCCACGAGAACGAGGUGGUCAAGUCCCCCAGCCAGCCUGGCCAGAGCAGCCCCUGUGGGGCCGCAGCCACCGCCACAGGCCACACCCCCCCGCGGACUGAGGCCCCCAAGUCUGUGGCGUCCCUGUCCUCGCGGUCCUCUCUCUCCUCCCUGUCACCCCCUGGCUCACCCCUGGUCCUGGACGGCACCUUCCCCGUGUCUUCUCACGAUGUCCCUCUCCAUCGGUUCACCGCUGACUUUGAAGACUGUGAAUUACGUAGCCAUUUUGCAGACCUUGACCUUGGUGACAAUCAGAUCUUGCCAGACUCGAACUCAGGAGGAGCGUCCCGGUCUCUUGCAGAGGACAAGGACCUCAGCGAAUGUGCCCGGGAGCCUCUGUAUGAAGGAACUGCAGAUGUGGAAAAAUCAUCACCAAAAAGAAGAGGGAUCCCCUUGCUUGGGGAGAGACCCGCGUGCGUGUCAGCCGCCGUGUCUGACGAGUCUGUGGCUGGAGACAGCGGGGUCUACGAGGCCUUCGUGAAACAGCCUAGUGAGGUUGAAGAUGUUGCAUACAGUGAAGGGGACAUUGCCAUCGUGGAGACCGCCCAGGUGCAGAUCGGACUCAGAUACGACGCCAGACGGUCAAGUUUCAUGGUGAUCUUAGCACAGCUCCGAAAUCUCCAUGCCUUCUUGAUACCUCACACAUCAAAAGUGUAUUUCAGGGUUGCUCUGCUUCCCUCCUCUGCCGACGUCAGCUGUCUGUUUCGAACAAAAGUCCAUCCGGCCACAGAAUCCAUUCUAUUCAACGAUAUGUUCAGGGUGGCCAUUUCCCAAACAGCCUUGCAGCAGAAGACCCUGAGAGUGGAUCUCUGCUCCGUUAGUAGGCACCGGAGUGAGGAAUGCCUGGCUGGAACUCAGAUCAGUCUGGCCGAUUUACCGUUUUCCAAUGAGAUUUUCACCCUGUGGUAUAACUUGCUUCCUUCAAAACAAAUGUCUUGCAAAAAGAACGACGCAGAAAACGAGGAUUCCGUGUUUCAGCCAGACCAGCCGCUAAUCGACCCGAUAGACUUGGAUGCUGUGUCAGCCCUCCUGGCCAGGACAUCAGCCGAGCUGUUGGCGGUGGAACAAGAAUUAGCCCAGGAAGAGGAGGAGGAGGAGGAGGAGGAGGAGGAACCAGGACAGGAAGAAGAGCAAAGGGGCCCAGAUGGAGACUGGCUGACCGUGCUGCGAGAGGCCUCUGAUGAAAUCGCGUCUGAAGAAGAGGCUGAUGUGAAGUUGCCCAAGGGGGAUCGUCGUACGGGAGACCCGUGCCCGUGCCCCAGCGGGCUCGACGUGGAGCGGGACGCGGGCCGGAGAGAGGACAGCGGUGCCGAAGAGCAUGGGCACCGGCCACCCGGCGGGCCGUGCACCCUGGUUGAUAAAGAGACCAACACGGAGGAGGCCGGCGAGGCCGGCGACGCCAGCGCGGCGGUUCGCCCCAAGGAGCGCAGCGGCCUGAGCGGCCGGCAGCGGCCCUCCGUGCGGAGCAGCGUGAUCGUGCGCUCACAGACCUUCUCCCCGGGGGAGCGGAGCCAGUACAUCUGCAGGUUGAAUCGAAGCGACAGUGACAGCUCAACCCUGGCUAAAAAAUCCCUGUUUGUGAGAAACGCCACCGAACGGCGCAGUUUGAGGGUCAAAAGGACGGCGUGCCAGCCAGUGCUGAGACGCGCGGCGCAGGGCCGGCCGGUGCGCACGUCGCUGGACCUGGAGCUGGACCUGCAGGCGUCGCGCACCCGGCAGAGCCGCCUCAACGACGAGCUGCAGGCGCUGCGGGGCCUGCGGCAGAAGCUGGAGGCGCUGAAGGCGCAGGGGCAGACCGACCUUCCCCCGGGCGUGCUGGACGACGAGCGGUUCCAGAAGCUCCUGAAGCAGGCUGAGAAGCAGGCGGAGCAGUCCAAAGAAGAGCAGAAGCAGGACUUGAACGCGGAGAAACUGAUGCGGCAGGUGUCCAAGGACGUGUGCCGGCUGCGUGAGCAAAGCCGGAAGGUGCCCCGCCAGGUGCAGUCCUUCAGGGAGAAGAUUGCCUACUUCACCAGGGCGAAGAUAAGCAUCCCGUCCCUGCCAGCCGAUGACGUCUGAUCCUGUCCGGGAAGAAAUUCUCUGGUCUCCUGUCCCUUUCCUAGGGCGGGGACACGACUGAGCAUUUGUUUGCUUGGGGGGUGGGGGGGGCUCUUUUUGUAACGUAACUAUUGACUCUUAAAGAGCUUUAUUUCGCAUCAGAUUUUCAACAUGUUAAUUUGUAAAGUACCUUGAAUGUAAUUCUUAUAUGUGUAAAAGAGAAAAGAAAUCAGAUCACCAGAACGGGCUGAUCGGGCACACCAGCGUCCUGGGCCUACGUGUCGCCAAUGGCAGCCGGCGGGCGUAUCCGGGGGAGCCAGCU